GGAGAACACCAGUAACGGUCCGCCGGCCGCCGUGCGAACGUUCCCGGCCUUACGGUAUUACGUACGUACGCGCGCGUGUGAGCGUGUACGCGCGUACCACCACUGCGGUCGCGCCGCGGCAUGAACGCGCGUCGGCUAUCGCUGCGGCCGCCGCGCACCACUCGGCUAACGAGCGUAGAACUUUCGAGACCGAUCGGCCGGCAAAUCGUAACACGACGCGUUUCCGGACCCGCACACGCAGACACACACGUGCGCGCGCACACACACACGCACACACACACGCGCGCGCGCGCGCUCGUACAUUGAACAUCACGUACGGGAUAUGGUCGCGGAUGGAUAAAUGAUAACGAUUCGCGUACGUGAAAUCUGCACGCGCUGGCGGUGCGACGGCUUCAAUAGUGUCACAUCCGUACGAACAUCGCACACGUGACGUGCGGUAAGAUUUUGGUCAAAAACGGCGGACGGAACGGCAUUAGUAGCGCCAAGAAUUUUGAUGCGUUGGAAGAUGCCGAACGUGGCGGUCGUCGCUGUCGCCACCGCCGCCGCCCUGUUCCUCGUCACCGCCGAGACGGUGCUGGACGCCGGCGGCGGUAGCGUCGGCAACCGUUUCGGCGGAGGUGGCGGUGGUGGCGGCGGCGGUGGCGGUGAACGACAACGCGGCGCGGCCACCGCCGCCGCGAACCGUCACCAAGACAUCGUCGACAGCGAGGACGAGGCCACGCAGCAGACACCGGCCGUCGUCCAGUGCGGUGCGAGUUGCUCGAACCACCAGGAGAUCAAGUCGCUGAGCAUCGAGCUGAUCAAAGCUUCGAUACUGAACAAGCUGGGCAUGCGGAACCCGCCCGAGUUCGGCGACCGCGUGCCACCGAAGGUGCCCACCGACCUGCCGCCGCUUCAAGAACUGAUAGACAAGUACAAAAACGAGCGCGGUGGCUCGGACGGCGGCUCGGUUGUCGUGAUUCCACACAUUCGGCACAAGUCGCAUCACAACGACGCGUCCGGCGACGGCUACGAUAUGCAAAGCGACGAGGCGACCGUUACGGGUUACGUGCCGGCAAUGAACGCGAACAACAAAAACGGCGGCGGCGGUAACGACAACGACUACGAUGUUGACGACGACGACGACGAAGACGACUAUCACGUCAGAACGCACAAGCUCAUAGCAUUCGCUCAACCGCAUCCCACGAUACAGAAACUACGAGGCCACUCUUUACUUUUUUUCACGUUCUCCGAGCAAACGGGCCAGCACAGGAUUACGCAAGCGAUUCUGUGGGUAUACAGGAAAAAAUUGGACGUCGUCAUCGACGACUCGGUGGUCAUCAUUGAAGUGCAUCGAAUCAACCAGAUAACCAUGCACCAGACGCUUUUGACCAGCAUAAAGCAUGUCAUGAAUACGACCGAGCCCGGCUGGAUACCCAUUGACUUACAGAAACGUAUGUUCAAAACACCGGACAGGGCUAAGAACUUGACGCUAAUGGUGCACGCGUACUAUCACAACAAGAAUAUGUCCCACGCCAAGACGCCGUACGUUACGGACACCAAGAAAAAUGAUAUGACGAAAAUCCCGUACCUGGAGGUGCACACGGAGUACAACCGGCGUUCGCGGACCAAGCGUAACGCGUUGGGCAUCAACUGCGACGAGUCGUCCACGGAGACCCGGUGCUGCCGGUACCCGCUGACCGUUGACUUCGACGAGUUCGGCUGGGACUGGAUCAUCGCGCCCAGGAAGUACACGGCUAAUUACUGUUCCGGCGAGUGUCCGCUGGUGUUCCUGCAGAAGUACCCGCACACGUACCUGGCCCAGCUGGCCAACCAGACGACACGCGCGUACUCGGGCACCGGGCCGUGCUGCGUGCCCCGCAAGCUGUCCGCCAUCUCGAUGCUGUACUUUGACCAGGACCUGAACAUCAUCUACGGCUUGUUGCCCGGCAUGGUGGCCGACCGGUGCGGGUGCAGUUGAGCAGUCGGACACCCCCUCGAGCCGUCCGCAUUGAUCGUGUAACACCGAUCGACCGUUGCGUCAAACAAUGCAACGCGUGCGCACGCGCGCGCACACACACACACACACACACACACACACACAGUGGCGAAUACAUAAAUUUUGUAGAGUGGGGGGGAUCAUUUGCCAAUAAAUCCUUAUUUUUAUUUUAUCAUUAUUUUUUUUUUUUUACGUUUCUAACGCCUUCAUACUAAGAAAAUAGUCUUAUAACAUUUAAAUAAAGGCCUAGGGAGGAUUUGACCUCCACAUCACCUCCCUGUAUAUGCCACUAAACACAUACACAUACACACACACACACACAUACUCGUCAUCGCAAAAUUAUUGCUGCAUCACCGAUACCGAUGACGAUAAUACGGUGCACCUCGCAUGUAUACGCAUUGUAAUUCGGUUAAUUUUUCGUUGUAAAGCAAAAUUAAUAAAAAUAAAAAAACCGGAGAAACCUACACAUAAUAAUGUACUAACGUAGUAGGUAUACGUCUUUGUGCGCGUCGUAAACGAUAAUACAUAUCAUUAUUAACGGUUUUCGGUUCUUAACGCUUCCUCCUCCCCUAACACCGGCCACCCAAAACACAAAGUCGACAAUAAUAAUAGGUAUAUUAUACAAUCGGAAUCGCAAGCAAUUUAAAAAAAAAAAAACGGAUAUAACGAAUAGUCUUAUACAAACAAUGAUACACGCGUGAUUGAAAAAUGAAAAAAUGUUUUUUUUUUUUUUAAUUCUACACCCGACACAUUAUAUAAGUACCUUUAUUAAUCCUAUAUUAUCCCUACUCUGUACAGUUUUUCUUCCGCGACGCAACCAUUUCUUAAUCGAUGACAAUCAAGAACAAUCGAGUCAAUUAUUAACUAUAAGCGAAAAUAAAACUUAGUACAUAUAAUUAUUAACUGAUAUAUAAUUUGGUCGUUAUUCUUACAUAUAAAUGAAUUUCCCCCGAGCGGUACCUUGUGUGUUUCUAAUACUGUUUUUGUUUUUAAUUUUUUAUUUUUUUUACUAGAAACACGCGAUUCUCGCUUAUUAAAGUUAUCAUUGUCUGCAUUUUAUACAAAUUAUUGCAUUCAUAAAAGUAAUGAAUAGUAAUUAAUUCCAUGCACUACCUCGCUUUCGUAUAGUAUUUUAUACUUAUUAUUUUUUUAAUUUUCGAAGACAUUUCCCCUUGUCUUAUUAUCUAAUAUUUAUUUUUUAAAACGAAAAAAAUAAAUUAAUCUUUUGUUAUUAUAACAUGUAUAUAAUUUAAGUUACUACUAAUGUACCUAUUGACGAUUAUUAUACAUAUCCCUUAUGAGGUUUAAACGAUUAACUUUGUUAUGCAUCUAGUAUUUACGUUUUGGCUAUACAUAAUACGGAUUUAACUGAAUUCUAAUUAGCAGUUCAUAAACUUGAUUACUUCUAGAAACGUAUCAUCUAAUGUAGAGAUAAGUUUUAUAAAUAUGUUGUAAACGAUCAAAUGUUCAUAUUUGUUUUCAUUUUCAUUUAGUAUAA